AUGGAGAGUAGGAACGUGACAGAGUUUGUUCUACUGGGGCUCACGGAGAAUCCAAAGAUGCAGAAAAUCAUAUUUACCAUGUUUUCUAUUAUCUACAUCAUCACUGUGAUAGGAAAUGUGCUCAUUGUGGUCACCAUCGCUGCCAGCCCAUCACUGGGAUCCCCUAUGUACUUUUUUCUGGCAUAUCUCUCCUUUAUCGAUGCUUGCUAUUCCUCUGUCAAUACCCCUAAACUGAUCAUAGAUUCACUCCAGGAAAGGAAGACCAUCCUGUUUGAUGGAUGUAUGACCCAAGUUUUUGGGGAACAUUUCUUUGGAGGUGCUGAAGGAAUCCUUCUUACUGUGAUGGCUUAUGAUCGCUAUGUAGCCAUCUGCCAGCCCUUGCACUACACAACUAUCGUGAACAAGAGAGUAUGUGGCCUGCUAGUGGGAGUCGUGUGGGUGGGAGGCUUUCUCCAUGCAACCAUACAGAUCCUCUUCAUGUUUAGAUUACCAUUCUGUGGUCCUAACAUCAUAGAUCACUUUAUGUGUGAUCUGAACCCUUUGCUCAAUCUUGCCUGCACUGAUACUCACAUUCUAGGACUCUUUGUUGCUGCCAACAGUGGGUUCAUCUGCCUGUUAAACUUUAUCCUCUUGCUGGUCUCCUAUGUGGUCAUCCUGUGCUCCUUAAGGACCCACAGCUUAGAGGGGAGGCGUAAAGCUCUCUCAACUUGUGUUUCCCACAUCACAGUGGUUGUCUUAUUCUUUGUGCCCUGCAUAUUUGUGUAUAUGAGACCUGCAACUACUUUAUCUGUUGACAAAGCAGUUGCUGUAUUCUACACCAUCAUAACUCCAAUGUUAAAUCCCUUAAUCUAUACCUUGAGAAAUGCCCAGAUGAAAAAUGCCAUCAGGAAAUUGUGUAGCAGGAAAGCUAUUUCAAGUAACUAAUAAAUGUCUCUAGAGCAUAACAAUG